AUGGGUAAACUUACCAUACUUCUCUUAUUUGCUCUAAUAUACUCUUCAAUUGCUGGCCCUCGAUUCGAUUGUCUUCCUGAACCAAAUGGAAAUCAAGGGGCUUGUGAAGCAAGAGGAUGCAUCUGGAAAGAAGAUGAUUCUGGAAAGAAUGCUCCAUGGUGUUAUUUUAAAGACGGUGUUGGAUACAAACUAGAUUCACAACAAGGAACAACAUACAAUCUGAGAAAGAACAGUGGUCCAUCGAAUCCAUGGGGAGCUGAUUCAACCGAAAUUAAACUGACAACGAAAACAAUUGGAAGUGUUCUGAACGUGAAGAUUGGAAUCGAUGGAAGAUACGAACCUCCAGUUGAUUUUCCAAGAGAAACUCAAUCCUCUGAUGAAUCUUUGGUCCUCUCGACAUCCAGUUCAAAUGAUAUCUUCUCAUUCUCUGUUGUCCGUCAAAGUUCGAAUAGAAAACUAUUCGAUACUUCAAUUGGAGGUCUUAUAUUUUCUGAUCAGUUUAUUCAAAUCGCCACGUAUCUUCCAAGUGAAAACAUGUAUGGAUGGGGAGAGAAUACUCAUCAAAGUUUGAGACACGAUUUCACAAAAUACUUGACCUGGGCUAUGCUGGCUCGUGACCAACCUCCAAACUCUGGUAGUUUGGACACAAUGAAUCUUUAUGGAGUUCACCCAUAUUAUAUGAUUCUGGAGCCAGAUGGAAAAGCUCACGGAGUUUUAAUUAUCAAUUCAAAUGCUCAAGAAGUGACAACUGCUCCAGGACCUUCAUUUAUUUAUAGAACAAUCGGUGGAAAUCUCGACAUGUAUUUCUUCCCCGGACCAACACCUGAAAUGGUCACUCAACAGUAUUUGAAAUUCAUCGGAAAACCAUUCCUUCCUGCUUACUGGGCAUUGGGAUAUCAGUUGUCUAGAUACGGAUAUAAGGGUCUGAAUGAAAUGAAAACGAGAAUUCAGGCGGUUAGAGAUGCAGGAAUUCCAAUUGAUAUUGGAGUUGCUGACAUUGACUAUAUGCAAAGAUACAAGGAUUUCACAACUGGAGAUGAUUGGUCUGGAUUUGGUGAUUACGUGAAGACUAUGCAUUCAUGGGGAAUGAAACUGAUUCUUAUUUUUGAUCCAGCCAUUGAAGCAACUUAUCCAUCAUUCCAACGUGCGAUUGCUGCAAAUGCAAAGUUCAUCGAAUGGGAAUCUCAGUCUCAAGUUCAAACAUCCAUCCAAAACUUGUAUCCAAUGGCAAAAGACACCAAGAUCAUGUUGGGAGUUGUCUGGCCAGAUAACCACGUGGCAUUCCCUGAUUUCUUAGAUUCUACAAAUAAUACUCAAAACUGGUGGAUCAAUGAGUUUGUCACGUAUCAAUCUCAAGUUGCAUUCGACGGAAUUUGGAUCGAUAUGAAUGAACCAUCGAAUUUCGGAACGAAUCAAGCUCAUCCAUGGUAUUUUGAUAGUGAUGACCACCCGGAUGAUGCUCCAUUGUUCUGUCCAACAAAUGGAUCUAAUCUAUGGGAAAUGCCACCAUAUAAAACACGGGCGGUAUGGAGAUUCGGUGAUGCAAGUUCUGGAGCAUUCUUAUCUACGAACACAUUGUGUAUGCUCGCACAGCAGGACGGUGGAAAACAAAGAUUCUACAAUGUGAAGAAUCUUUAUGGAUUGACUGAAGCAAUUCAUACUCAAAGGGCGUUAUUCAAAGCAACUGGAAAGAGAGGAGCUGUUGUUUCAAGAUCAACAUAUCCAUCUGCUGGAAGGUAUGCUGGACAUUGGUUGGGAGAUAACACUGCGAGAUGGGAAGAUCUGAGAACUUCUGUUAUCGGUGCCCAAGAGUUCAAUCUUUUCGGAAUUCCAUAUGUCGGAAGUGAUGUAUGUGGUUUCAUUGGAACAACAACUGAGGAGUUAUGCUUGAGAUGGCAACAAAUGGGAGCAUUCCACUCUUUCUUCAGAAACCAUAACACAAUUGGAGCUCCAGCACAAGAUCCAGCUGUUUGGCCAUCUGUUUCAGCUGCAACAAAACAAGCGAAUCUUUUCAGAUAUCAAUACUUACCAUACUUAUUCAGUCUUCACUUCGCUGCUUCUCAAAAUGGAGGGUCCGUAAUCCGUCCAGUAUUUUUCGAAUUCCCAACAGAUGCUGAGACAUUCAAUCUUGGAUAUGAAUUCAUGUGGGGACCAAGAAUUUUGGUUGCUCCAGUUAUAUAUCAAGGAACAACAUCAGUUAAUGUGUAUCUGCCAACUGAUCAAUGGUAUUCCCUAUUUGAUUACAAAUAUGGAAGUGUCAUUUCACCUGGAUAUACUACUGUUCCAGCACCAACAACUUCCAGAAUUCCAGUCUUUGUUCGAGGAAUGAGUGUAAUCCCUCGUCAAACGCCAUCGACAACCACUACUGCAACUCGUCAAAAUCCAUUCGAGCUGUUGAUUGCUCCAUGUCAAAUGGGAAAAGGAUUGGGAACAUUAUAUUGGGAUGACGGAGAGACAAUUGUGAAUGAUUUCAAUUCUCAUGACUACCAUCAAUUCGAUUUUGUUUACAAUACAACAACGACUGGUGGUCUCCUAACAAUCAAUCACUCGAGAAAGAGCUCCACAAUCUCUCUCCCUACUCUUGAUAUCAUCGAAAUUUUCAACUAUCCAAAAGCUCCAAAUUUCCGUUCAUUCACAAUCAACGGAAAAGCAGUUAACAUCAAUGUUCAGAAAUCAACAUACUCAGGAAUCACAAAAACAUUGUACAUUUCUACAGUAGGUCUUAUCGAUUUAACAUCAUCUGAUUCUAUUGUACUGCAAUGGUCUAACGCUGGAAGCAGUGUUUUUGAUAUUUCGUCUGCUGUUGGACCUGAUGCAGGAAAAAUGAAAGCUUUGAACACAAACAGAUACGACGAGCUGUACUUUUGA